UAUUAUUGUGACCACAUGUUUUUUUUUGUCUCACCAUUGCAGGUUGCCCAUGACUACAAGGGUGAACUGGAAGCACAGCUCUUGCAGGCAAACCCCAUCCUCGAAUCCUUUGGUAACGCCAAGACAGUCAAAAAUGAUAAUUCCUCUAGAUUUGGUAAAUUUAUCAGAAUCAACUUCGACAACUCUGGAUACAUCGCUGGAGCGAAUAUUGAGACUUACCUGCUGGAGAAGUCUCGUGCUAUUCGCCAAGCACAAGAGGAGCGUACAUUCCACAUAUUCUAUCAGUUACUGGCAGGAGCCACCGCACAACAAAAGAAGGACUUUAUUCUGGAGGAUCCCAGGCAUUACAACUUCCUGACACAUGGGAAGAUACCCAUGCCCGGAGUUGAUGAAGUUGCAGAGUUCCAGGCCACAGUGAAAGCUAUGCAGAUCAUGGGCAUGAAUAAUGAUGAUAUCAACUCCGUAUUUAGAACUGUGUCUGCUGUGCUCAUGUUCGGAAACAUGGUGUUCAAGCAGGAACGCAGCAAUGAUCAAGCCACCCUCCCAGACAACACAGUUGCCCAGCAGGUUGCUCACUUGCUCGGACUGAAUGUAACAGAGAUGGUAAGAGGAUUUUUGAAGCCAAGAAUUAAAGUAGGUCGGGAGACAGUCACCAAGGCACAGAACAAGGAACAGUGCGAGUUUGCAGUGGAGGCCAUCGCCAAGGCUCUGUACGAGCGUCUGUUCAAGUGGAUUGUCAUGCGUAUCAACAGAUCACUAGAUCGUACGAAGCGCCAGGGAGCGUCGUUUAUCGGAAUUUUGGAUAUAGCUGGUUUCGAAAUCUUUGCCAUGAACAGCUUCGAGCAGUUGUGCAUCAAUUACACCAAUGAGAAGCUUCAGCAGCUCUUCAAUCACACCAUGUUUAUUUUGGAACAAGAAGAAUAUCAGCGUGAAGGUAUUGAAUGGAAGUUCAUCGAUUUUGGACUUGAUCUCCAGCCCACCAUUGACCUAAUUGAGAAGCCCAUGGGUAUCCUAGCAUUGCUGGAUGAAGAAUGUUGGUUCCCAAAAGCCACUGACAAGACCUUUAUUGACAAACUGAACACCUCACAUUCUGUACAUCCAAAGUUCUGUAAGAGUGAGUUUCGUGACAAGGCAGAUUUUGCUGUUGUCCACUAUGCUGGCAAGGUAGACUACUCUGGUCACCAGUGGCUGAUGAAGAACAUGGAUCCUCUCAACGAAAACAUUGUAUCCUUGCUCCAGACAUCGCAGGACCCCUUCAUGGUGCAAAUUUGGAAAGAUGCCGAGAUUGUGGGUAUGGCACAGCAAGCAAUGGGUGACAGUCAGUUUGGUGCUCGUACAAGGAAGGGCAUGUUCCGUACUGUAAGUCAGCUCUACAAAGAGCAGCUGACAAAACUUAUGGUUACACUCCGAAACACCAAUCCCAACUUUGUACGUUGUAUAAUUCCCAACCAUGACAAGCGUGCAGGCAAGAUAGAAGCAGGCUUAGUCUUGGAUCAGCUCAGGUGCAAUGGUGUGCUAGAAGGAAUCAGAAUCUGCAGACAAGGGUUCCCCAACCGUAUUCCAUUCCAAGAAUUCCGACAACGGUACGAACUUCUCACUCCCAAUGUCAUUCCCAAAGGUUUUAUGGAUGGUAAAAAGGCCUGCGAGAUGAUGAUUCAAGCCUUGGAGUUGGAACCCAACUUGUACCGUAUUGGGCAGAGCAAGAUCUUCCUGAGGGCUGGUGUGUUGGCAUCCUUGGAAGAAGAAAGGGAUAUCAAGAUGACUGAUCUCAUUGUUCAGUUCCAGGCUUACUGCAGAGGUAUGUUGGCACGUAAGAAUUACCAGAAGAGGAUUCAGCAGCUCAAUGCUAUUAGGAUCAUCCAGAGGAACUGUGCUGCUUACCUUAAGCUUCGUAACUGGCAAUGGUGGCGUUUGUACACAAAGGUCAAGCCUCUCCUUCAGGUGACUAAGCAGGAAGAAAAACUGGUACAGAAAGAAGAGGAACUUAAAAUGGUCCAAAGUGUUCUCGAAUCUCAGAAGAAAAACACUGUUGAGAUAGAAAACAAAUUCUUACAGGCUUUGCAAGAGAAAAAUGUUCUUGCUGAGCAGUUGCAAGCUGAAACUGAGCUAUGUGCAGAAGCAGAAGAAAUGCGUGCACGUUUGUUGGCUCGCAAACAAGAGCUUGAGGACAUUCUCCAUGAUAUGGAAACUAGAUUAGAAGAGGAGGAGGAGCGCUCAACUAGUCUCACAUCUGAGAAAAAGAAACUGCAGUUGCAGAUUCAAGACUUAGAAGAACAAUUAGAAGAGGAAGAGGCUGCUCGCCAGAAGCUCCAGUUAGAGAAGGUUCAGUGUGACAGUAAAAUAAAGAAAUUGGAGGAAGACUUUGCUAUUUUAGAUGACACACAUCAGAAGCUUGUGAAAGAAAAAAAAUUGAUGGAGGAAAGAUCCCUUGAUGUUACAAGUACUUUGGCUGAAGAGGAAGAAAAGUCAAAGCAUCUCAUGAAGUUGAAAGCCAAACAUGAGUCCAUGAUAACAGAAUUAGAAGACAAGAUCAAGAAAGAGCAGCAGGGCAGAUCAGAAUUAGAACGUGCCAAGAGGAGAUGUGAGGCAGACCUGAAUGACAUGAAAGAACAAAUCAAUGAGAAAAAGAACCAAAUUCAUGAGGUCCAGAUUCAGCUUGCCAAACGUGAGGAGGAACUUGCUCAAGCUAUGAUGAGAUCAGAUGAAGAAGCAGCUGCCAAAUCACAGCUUCAAAAGAGUAUGCGCGAGUUGGAGUCCCAGUUAAACGAACUUCAGGAGGAUCUCGAUGCUGAACGUAAUCUGAGGGCUAAGGCAGAGAAGCAAAAGAGAGAUUUGAAUGAGGAACUAGAAGCCUUGAAGAAUGAGCUAUUGGACUCAUUAGAUACCACAGCAGCCCAACAGGAACUACGUACUAAGAGAGAGGAAGAGCUUGCUUCAUUAAAGAAGAGCUUGGAGGAUGACCAAUCCCUUCAUGAACACCAGAUUGGAGAACUGCGCCAGAAACAUUCAAAUGCCUUGGAGAAUCUUAAUGUUGAGAUAGAUCAGUUGAAGAAACAAAAGAGUGCUCUAGACAAGGUAAAGAAUCAGUUGGAAGCAGAGAAUGCUGACAUGGCCAAUGAAUUGAAGGGUGUUAAUGCUAGUAGACAGGAGAGCGAAAAGAAGAGGAAGCAAUGUGAAGCAAUUAUCUCAGAUUUACAACAGAAAAUUGCAGAGUCUGACCGCAAUAAAACAGAUAUCCAAGAACGUGUAACCAGAUUGGAGCAGGAGUUGAAUGCAGCAAAUGUGGCCAUGGAAGAAGCAGAUUCUAAGGCAGUUUCUGCAAACAACCAGUUGAAGACACUGGAAGGUCAUCUACAGGAAACACAGGGGUUGUUAGAGGAAGAAACAAGACAAAAAUUGAACCUCAAUUCACGUUUGCGUGCUUUAGAGCAGGAAAAGGAUCAUCUCCAAGAAGCCCUGGAUGAAGAAGAAAGUUUUAAGCGCAACUUGGAAAAGCAGGUUGCCACUUUGCAGGUCCAGUUAAGCGAGGCAAAGAAAAAGGCUGAGGAAGAAUCUGGCAAUGCUGUGCAACUGGAAGAGACCAGAAAACGACAGAUGAAAGAGCUAGAAGAACUAAGGGCCCGUCUUUCAGAGGUUGAAGCCGCUAAUGAGAAAUUGGAGAAGAGCAAGAGGAAGCUGCAAGCAGAGUUGGAAGAUGCUCAAGUUGACAUUGAUACUAAUCGUGCUAAGGUAGUGGAAUUAGAGAAGAAACAGCGCAACUUUGACAAAAUGCUAAGUGAAGAAAAAAGUAAUUAUGAACUUUGCCAGCAAGAAAAGGAAAAUGCAGAGCGUGAAGCCCGUGAAAAGGAAACCAAAAUACUUUCUCUCAACAGAACAUUGGAAGAGUACAUGGAACGCAUCGAAGAUUUGGAAACUGGAAAGAAGAGACUGCAGAUAGAGCUUGAGGAUUUAAUUUCUACUCGAGGCACUGCUGACAAAAAUGUCCAUGAGUUGGAGAAAGCCAAACGUGCCCUUGAAUCCCAAUUGGCUGAACAGAAGACUCAGAUUGAAGAACUUGAAGAUGAGCUACAGUUAACUGAGGAUGCUAAACUGAGACUGGAAGUGAACAUGCAGGCAAUGAAGGCACAGUUUGAGAGAGACCUUAAUGCCAGAGAGGAACAAGGAGAGGAGAAACGGCGUGGACUCCUUAAGCAAUUGAGAGAAUUGGAGGCAGAGUUAGAAGAGGAACGUAAGCAACGUACUGCCGCUGUUACAGCCCGCAAGAAGCUUGAAGGUGACCUUAAGGAUAUGGAAGGACAACUGGAAAUGAACAGCAAACUUAAAGAUGAUGCUCUGAAACAGCUGAAGAGAGCAGGAGCCCAAGUUAAGGAGUACCAGCGUGAAGCUGAGGAAAGUAGGGCGUCUCGUGAGGAAAUGUCUGCACAGUACAAGGAGUUGGAAAGAAAGUUAAAGGCCAUGGAAACUGAACUAUUGCAGUACCAGGAAGACCUUAGCUCUGCUGAAAGGGCACGCAAGAAUGCUGAGGCUGAAAGAGAUGAACUUCAAGAGGAACUGAAUCAGUUCACAUCAAAGGCAACAUUGAGUGCUGAUGAGAAGAAGAGACUAGAGGCUAGAAUCUCAUCACUUGAAGAAGAGUUGGAAGAGGAACAGAGCAAUGUGGAGGUUCUCAUGGACAAGAUGAGGAAGAACCAGCUUACCAUGGAACAGACUCAGGCCGACUUAAGCACAGAGAAGUCUUCUGUUGUAAAAUUGGAAGGACAACGAUCCAUGCUCGAAAGGCAGAACAAGGAACUAAAGGCAAAGUUGGCAGAACUCGAGGUUGAAAUUAGAUCCAAGACUAAGGCCACCAUCGCAGCUCUUGAAUCAAAGGUUUCCAACUUGGAAGAACAACUGGAAGUUGAGGCUCGUGAUAGACUUGCUCAGGCCAAGGCCAACCGUAAACUAGAGAAGAAGCUGAAAGAAUUGGUCAUGCAGGUGGAGGAUGAGCGUAGACAUGCUGACCAGUACAAGGAGCAAUUAGACAAGUCAAAUGCCCGAGUGAAACAGCUGAAGCGCACAGUAGAGGAGACUGAAGAUGAAUUAUCAAAAGAGAAGAUGCAACGUCGUAAAGCUCAGAGAGAGGUGGAAGAUAUGAUGGAGUCACAAGAGGCUCAGAAUAGAGAAAUCUCUUCCUUGAAGACCAAGCUCAGUCAAGCAGAGGCUGAAAAGAUCUUAAAUCAAAUCACCAAAAGAUCAAAUCGCGGUUUGUGCAAGCUCAUGAAGAAUGCUUCGACCUCUAACGUCAUAGACGUUACUCAAGAUUUCAGUAGCAGUGAAGACGAGAAGCGGGGUGGUGCUGGAAUCAGUUCCCGCCUCGAAUUAUUCGGGGUGAAGCGAGGAUCAAUUGCCGCUGCUAGUGACGAUUCUCAGAAUGCUGACGAUUCCAUAGACGGAGAGGAAGACGCAACAAAGUGAUGUGUCACAAGGAAAUAAUGCCUGUUGACUCCAAAAUCCCACUCAUGUAUUGAGGGACAUGGUUUCGUUUGUCAAGAGAACUUAACCGUACAUUGUCCAUAUAAAAGUUCUGAAAAAUUAAAAAAAAAAGCUAUAUUUAUUAUCAGAUUGAAACUUUCUUGAAGGGAAUUAUAAUUGGUUGUCCCUAGAAGUUAUUUUAUUUAUGUCUUGUGUAAAUUAACAGCUUCAGUUGAAGUAAAUUAAUUUAGGAUUGAUACAAAAAUACUUAAGUUGCCAUAUUUACCAGACCUAGCGAGUGGACCAUAAAGUUGACUUGAUUUAACAUUCCAUGAAAUCCAUUACAUAAUGGCAUAAAUGUACUUAAACCCCCCUCCCCCAAUUAGCUCGUCAGCAGUGUCUCAUGGUUUCAGAAAAGCACAAAAUUGCCCUGUGUUCAUAGUUUCCAACUGGUUAGCAGUGUAUAUUGUGAUAGGUUUUUGUCAAGAGAAUUGGUUCUGUCUCAAAGGCAGCCAGUACGUUUGUUGGAAAUUCUGACAGGGCAGUAAAAUAAAGGCCAUUUGUUGCCAAGCAGCAGUAGAUUUGAAAAUAAGAAAAAAAUAUGUAAGGGGUUGCAAUUAAUGUGUGUGAGGUAUAACUUCCAUUGUAAAAAAAUGAUAAUUUGAAAAUACAAAAAAAAAUAAUUUUUAAUUAUAAGCAAGUUUUACUUACACACAUACACACACACAGACACACAGUCUUUUUAACAUUUGCCACUUGUUGCCAGCUGUGCGGGCCAAGUUAUGGUGGCUUUGGCAACGUUAAUCUCUUUGCCGUCAAUACAUAAAAACAUGCGUCUGUUGCAUGUUCUUUUUUUUAAUAAAUGGAAUUUCAUAAUUUUUGUAUCAACUAACCUAGGCUUCCAAUUCCUGCUACAUUUGUAUAGAUUUAAUAAUAGACGAUAAUGUUAGAGCUGCCUAUAUAAUUAUUAUUAUUAUUGUUAUGUAUUCUUUCUUCUUGUAUAGUUGCCAAACCAGUCAUUGAUUGAAGAGUUUCUUAUACAUCCUGUACCAGCUUUUAUAUGAUAGAGCUUAUUCCUUAUUCCUAAUUAUUUAAUGAUUCUUUGAGUAGUUGUAUUUGACUGGUUGUAUCCUCACAUAUUCUUAUAAACCUUUUUACAAGUGACCUUAGACUACUUCAUUGCUCACGGCAAAAUGUAACUUACCAUUGUAAGUUGACCCCGUUUUUUAAAUAUGUAGAGAUAAUGCCUUAUAGUCAUAGAAAAGAAAAAUGAUAGAGGAUUAUAUAUCAGUAGUGUGGAAGGUAUUUGGGAAGUGUUGGGGUGUACAGGAUGCCAAUAAGAAAUUGAUAUUUGAAUUUUUGACAAGGUAUAAAAGCUUAUACAAGGUGCUUUUUUCUUUUGAUAUGCAUUUGUUAGAGCUAUGAUCAGGUAUCAGAUUUACAUAGAGCUAUCUUUUAUAUAAAAAGCAGGGUACAUCAUAGCUUACCAGCAGUGUCAGGGCCUGGAAUUACCCUGUCAGUGAACUGUCAAGCAUAUUGAGGAUUUGCAUUAGGAUUAGGUAAGGUUGAAAAUGCAAGUUUUAAGCCUUUGUAAGUCAAGAGUUUGAAGGUUGCCAAAUCUUUUUGAGACUUGCUGGCCAUGUAGUGCAUGCUCUACGUGGAGAAGCAGUCUUGGAAAAACCAUUUAUUCCUCAUUUGGAGUUACGGAUGUAAGGACAAAAUUACCGUCCAUUGUUUUGUCAGUGUAAAGCAUAAUUUAAGAAAGUUCCUAUCAGAGAAGUAAUAAAGUAUGGUAUGGUAAUGAAGUCCCUUUAGGAAAAUUAUAUUGUACAUAACGCCAGAUAAGUAAUGCCAGAUUAAGGAAUCCGUUCAUCUGUACAUAGAUGUGGUAACUGGAUCCUGCAUGUCCAAUAAUAAUGUUUUGUCAGGAUUCGGUGUAUGCUUGAGAUACUCAUUGACUGCAAUAAAGAGGCCUUGACAAGCUUU